AUGCUUCUCAAGCGACAAAAGCAAGCCGAAGAGACCCAGCAGAGGCAAAUCGCCCAAGAAAGCAAAGCCUUCUUGGAGGAGCAGCGGCUGUUGCAGAGGCAGCUCCUGGCGCAGCAAGAGGUCGGCGCUGUCGAGAUUCUUUGCCUCCCAGCACACUGCGUCAUUGCCAGAGGACAAUGGGCUCCUCGCAGCCGCGAGCGAGGCUGCGUGCACUCCCUGCUCCCUGACGCCUUUCGAGGAUGGCCUCAGGCUGACCGGCAAGAGACGCUGACCUGGAUGGCGCAGGCCUUCGAUGUUAUGAACUUCCCCGAGGGCUUCUUUUUUGAUACAGCUUUGCUACUUGACCGUUACUAUGCUGGCCUGCCAAAAGAGGACCAGACGAUAGAGGAGUCGCAGCGAACUCUGCUAGCUGCAGUUUGCAUGGCAAUCAAGACAGGGUCGACCGCCGACAAUCAAGUGCCACUUCGGCAGGUAGUGACGCACCUGGGUCAUGAUGAAGUACCCUUUGAAGAUGUUACAGCUGCCGAACUGGGCAUACUCCGGAAGCUCAGGUUUGAUGUGGGCACGCCUACCCCACGAGAUUUUCUUCAGGCCUUAAGCGUCAGACUCAAGAGCAAGCCUGUUGAGUGCCAAAGCCUGGCAGAGUUCUUGCUGCAGCUGUCGUUGGCAGACCCAGCACUGCACUACAGGUACCCGCAUGCUUUGCUCGCGGCAGCUGCACUGUUGCUCGCUUUGUCCUGUGCGGGGGCGAAUUCGACCACACACGCCAUUGUGCUUGAAGACUUGGUUCUUUGUGAGGAUUUGGACAGCUCCAUGCUGGCUCAGUGUAGCAGGGAGCUGCACUCUUUAUGGACACUGAGCUGCAGCCAGGAGCAGAAUAUGUACAUUUAUUGCUUGCGGCUGAAGUUUGCCAAGGGUAGUUUCCACGGAGUUUCUUUGCUACGACCUCCUCUGACAGCUUUGCUGCUUCCAGAAGCCCCACGGCAAGGAUUCAGGGAGAUUUGGAGACGUUCAGCGACCCAAGCACAACCUACAGCGGAAGCAACCCUUGCACAGGACGAGAUCGAAGAAGCAGCACAAGUCGUGCAGCAAAGCUUAGACGGUGACAAGCCACAAAGCCGCCGCACGCUGGAAACAUGCGGGCUUGGCGAAUGCGAGGCUCGUACUAGCUUGCGAGACUCAUCGUCUUGGGUGGCAUCACUGGCCGCUAGGCUGCGUAGACUUGCUGACCAGUCCUGGAAGGUCCGCUGCAUCUUAGCAGGUCACGGCUGGUAUCGAGACCACUUCAGGAGGCCGCCAGACCGCGAGCGACUGCAGCGAGAUUUGCUGCGUGCCAAGGGAAACCGAUCGUCACUUUGCAUGGUGACGGAUCGGCUGGCCGUGGAAAGGCGACCCCGCGCAGCUUCGUGUGGGCAGCGACUAUGCAGGCCCUCUGCAGCUCUGACAGGUGUUUUGGUGCAGUCUCCCUGA